AAAGGGGAGGGGGUAUUUUCAAAAUUAACUAAAUUUAGGUUCGGAAAAGCCGAGCCUUAGGCUCGGACAUUCCUCGUUCACUUCACCGUUUUUCAAAAACAUAAAUAUCAAUCUUUUCACAAUUUUCUCGGCAGUACAGUCGUUUCUUUUUCACUCAGAGUAUUGGGUUGAUUGAAUCGGAGCUCUGAAUCAGAAAAUGGCCGAGCACGUUGAGAAUUCGGAUCCUAAAGGGGAGUCGUUGUUGGAGAAGAUCGCCGACAAGUUUCACGGUGACGAUUCCUCGUCGUCGUCGGAAUCAGAUACUGAGACGAAGAAACCGGCAGUGAAAUCGGAGGUUGAGCCGGAGACGGAGACGUUGAAGAACAAAGUUUGGAGGUUAUUCGGAAGAGAAAAACCGGUUCACAAGGUUUUCGGUGGAGGCAAACCUGCUGAUGUUUUCUUGUGGAGGAACAAAAAGAUAUCUGCUACUGUAAUUGGUGGAGCAACUGCUAUCUGGGUUCUUUUCGAAUUGCUCGAGUACCACCUGCUCACUUUAAUCUGCCACAUUUUGAUCAUCACUCUCGCAGUCUUGUUCUUGUGGUCAAAUGCAACCACCUUUAUUAACAAAAAACCUCCUCAUAUCCCAGAAGUCCACCUUCCAGAAGGCCCCAUCCUUCAGGUGGCUUCUGCCCUGAGGAUCGAAAUUAAUCGCGCUCUUGAUCUACUGAGAGAAAUUGCAUCAGGGAGAGAACUGAAGAAGUUUCUUGCUGUGAUUGCUGGUUUGUGGAUCCUCUCAAUUGUUGGUAGCUGGUGCAACUUUUUGACUCUGUUCUAUAUAUCAUUUGUGCUCCUCCACACCGUUCCUGUUAUUUAUGAGAAAUAUGAAGAUAAAGUGGAUCCAUUAGCCGAGAAAGCAAUGCACGAGAUCAAGAAGCAAUAUGCUGUGUUUGAUGAAAAGGUUUUGAGUAAAAUUCCAAGAGGACCACUGAAAGAUAAGAAGAAAGAUUAGAUGUGGUGGUGCUUCGUUCCGCUAGAAAGGUUUCAGAAUGUGAUAGUACUUCUCUUGUAUUUACGUGAGGCUGAGUGUUAUCCUUGUAUUUGGGGUUUUAUUAAUUGGGGAUAAAUCUAGAAACAGUUGGGAGGUUUAGUCUGUUAGGUGUGAGUCUGUAUCUGACUGUCGUUUCACAAGAUGUCAUUGUAUAAGUUCAACAAAAUUUACAUUGUGUUCUUCUGCAUUUGUUUGUAUUGCUUUCACUUGUAUCAAAGCUGGGAUGGUCUAACCUGUUUGAUCCAU